AGCUUCACCAGAUUAAUGGUGUCAUGGAGUUGGCUAAAGCCAGUUCCCUAGCAACUCUCUUGGUCUUCGAAAAUACUAUCAACAGAGAGUUGAUCAGGAGUUUGCAUGUGUAUAGAUUGGCGGAUGGGAAGGAAAAUGAGGUGGAGAGAGAGUUUGUCUUUAAAAGGAACGGUCCAUAUACGGAAAUGGCAGCAAACCCACUUCUUAAAUUGCAGAAAUUUCGAGUUUCAGAGCUGUUUGAAGGGAAAGUUACGGGUUUGUGGCUCUGCAUUUUCGCAUUCCAUGCCGACGGUCCCCCUCAUCGCAUUCCUCCUUUACUCUCAAUCUCAAGGAACCCUAAGCUGAAAUCAAUCCCAAAUCUAUUCAGUGAUCUUGAAAUGAUUUUACAGUGUGGAUGUGGGGCAGAAGAUGUAUUGAUAUCUGGGAUUUCAUCUGAGGGAACAAUUGAAGAAGAUGGAGAUAACCAGAACCAGUCAUCAAGAAGACUGCCUGUAUUUGAUCAAGACCUAAAUUUUCUUCCUAAUUCAGCUCCUACAUCUGAGUUAUCUGAGCCUGAAAAAGCUGAGCAAGGCCACACGGGUAUUGUCAUGGUCAAGAAGAAAAGGGCAACUUCUAAGGACAUAGCUAGAAUUGCCAUGGAAGAUCUUGCAAAAUACUUUGAUGUUCCAAUAGUGGAAGCUUCCAAAAGUUUGAAAGUUGGAGUAACAGUUCUGAAGAAAAAAUGCAGAGAAUUAGGAAUUCCCCGCUGGCCUCACAGGAAGAUCAAAUCCCUUGAUGGUCUUAUUCGAGAUCUUCAGGAAGAGGCAGCACAAUGGCAGCACGAGGACGAGGCUGCAGCGUUCGCUGUGGCAAAGAGGAGAAUGAUGUUGGAGACUGAGAAGGAAAUCAUAGAGAGGAAACCUUUCAUUGAAUUACAGAGUGAGACCAAGCAAUUUCGGCAGGAUGUUUUCAAGCGAAGGCACAAGGCUAGAGCUCUUAAAAAAGCAAUGUCUUUCAGUUCCCCCAAUCUAGGGCAUUGAACAACAAAUGUACAUGAACAAGACUCAAAUUUUAGAAACAUCACCAUUCCCAUAUGCACAGUUUUGCUUCUUAUGGUGAAAUUUUCCCAUUGGCAAACUUAAAAUCAUUGUAUAUACCCAUCAUAUGUAUGGUAAUGUAACUAAUGUUUCUCAUGAACUUUCUUGGUAUGUUAUUCUGUGUUU